GGAACUCGGCCCGGGAUUGUAAAUAAGACCGACUAAAACUGUGUUUUAUUUACAAAAAGUGAUGCCGGCUACUUUUAGAGACCGUUCCCAGUUGUUUUAAAGUAUUUUUGUUAUUUUUGGCUCUUAUUUCUCGCCUAUUUCUUGUGUGGUUUUUACACUACGCGUAUAAUGGCGAGCUCGGCUAACUCGAACCCAGUGCCUAAACUGUAUCGGGGCGUGAUCGAGGAUGUGAUCAACGAAGUGAGAGAGCUGUUCCUGGAUGAGGGGGUGGACGAACAGGUGUUGCUGGAAUUGAAAACGCUCUGGGAGAACAAGCUGAUGCAGUCCAAGGCGGUGGAGGGCUUCCACACGGAGGAGCAGGCGGCGCUGCAGGCCACGCAGCAGGCCCAGCAGCAGGCCCAGCAGGCCUCCCAGCCCGCCGCCGCCAAACACAUGCUCCAGCCGCUGCAGCAGCAAGCCCGACUGCCUACCCACCCUCACAAACUCAACCCACACGCCUACCAUGCUCCCCAGCAGCAAGUCAUUGUUCAGGAUCCCAAGAUCCUCCAGCAUAUGAGUGCUACCGGCAUGAGUGCAGCAGCAACUGCAGCAACCCUUGCCCUGCCCACUGGAGUCACCCCUUACCAGCAGCUCAUCACAAGCCAAGGCCAGAUCCUACAGGUGGUGCGUGCCCCUAACGGAGCCCAGUACAUCAUCCAGCAGCCCCAGCAGCAGAUCCUCCUGCAGCAGCAGAUGCAGCCGGGUGGUGUCCAGGCCCCUGUGAUUCAGCAGGUACGCCCCAUCACGCAGGUCCUCGCUCCGAUGCAGGGAGCUCUACCCCAGCAGACGGGGGUCAUCAUCCAGCCCCAGCAGCUGGUCCUCGCCUCCGGGAACAAGGUCCAGGGGAACCAGCAGGUGAUGCAGGCCAUGGCCUCCCAGCCGGGCCAGGUGCCCACGGGACAGGUGCAGCAGAUCCAGCAGGUCCAACAGAUCCAGCAGGUGCAGCAGGUGCAGCAAGUCCAGCAGGUGCAGCAAGUCCAGCAAGUGCAACAGGUGCAGCAGGUCCAGGGGGCGGUAGCGCAGGUCACCCAGCAGCAGCAGCAGCCCCAGCAGCCUCCCAUGAUGCUGCAGGUGGACGGGCCGGGGGACACCUCCUCGGAGGAAGACGAGGAGGAGGAGGAGGAGUACGACGAGGACGAAGAGGAGGAGAAGGAAAAGGACGGAGGGGAGGACGGGCAGGUGGAAGAGGAGCCGCUGAACAGUGAAGACGAUGUGAGCGACGAAGAGGACCAGGAGCUGUUUGACACAGAGAAUGUAGUUGUGUGCCAGUAUGACAAGAUCCACAGAAGCAAGAACAAGUGGAAGUUCCACCUGAAGGACGGAAUCAUGAACCUCAACGGCAAAGACUAUGUGUUCUCCAAGGCUAUCGGAGACGCAGAGUGGUGAAGGAACGGCGACCGCACGGAGAAGAAACAAUGCGCUCUUGAUCAACCUAGAGAGCCAAACUUUGGAACUCCUCUUUUCCGGUGACGCGCCCCCGCCGGGCUACCCCCCCGGAACCGGUGUCCGAGCAACCAGAUCUACUUCAGGAGUCCGGGUUUGAAAAAGAUACUGAACUAAAGUCUGAGCCGGUGAAGUGCAGUACCGAGCAGACCUUCAAGCCUUGUGGGACGAGAGGCCGAGGCCGUCCGGGAACGGACAGGAUUCAUGUUAUUUUAUUUUAGUCGUCCUCUUUUCAGGCCGCCUCCUCCUCCUGAGAUUCUUGUCCAAAUUGAUUUCCCAUCACAUCCGUGAAGUAGCUUACUGGCGCAGUGUGCCAAGGUCACUCCCCCUCCCCUCCCCACCCCGCCCCGCCAUCGAUCGGUUGCGGCGCCCUGAAAGAGCCUAUGCUAAUUCUCCUGGGAAUCUUCGCUCUCAUCUGAUGACCUUUUGGGUCCACCGGUAAAAAAAAAUUGCUGCCUUUCUUUUCUUUUUUAGCGGCCGGGAUCAACUGUUUGGAGGGCAUUAUAGUUGGUGUCCUCGGAGUGAAUCCACAUUUCCAACAAUUCAUCAACUUUAAAAUGUUCCAUUCUUCCAAUGUUCAUUGACAACCAUAUUUUAAGUACUUUUAGAGCUAUUUUUGAUGAAGGGUAUUAAAGCAAAAAAUUAAUAUUAAUAGUAGAAUAACCAAUUGUGUGAAGUAUAUAUAUUUUUUUCUAUUAUCUACUUGAUGCUAAAUCCCCCCCAAAAAUGAACAGUUGUCGUCGAUGUGUUUUCCCCAGGCUUCUGGCCUCAUGGGAGAAAAAACAAACGAUAAUCAACUGUACAAAAUCAAACUUACUAGUCCAAAAUAAAUCUUCUGAUUGGUCUUUCUUGCUCUUAAAACCCACUUUUCCAUCCGUCUAAUUUGCACUGUACAGUCAAAUGGUGUGUCGUGAAGUCAUUCGAGGUUGCUCAUAGCCACAGUGUGCUCAAAUAAGCGUGUGCGUGUGUGUGUGUGUGUGUGUGUGUGUGUGUGUACCCUUGGGUGCCCGAGUGCUCAACUGAAGGUGUGUUGGGUUUGUGUGUUGUGUCCUCACCGUCCCUUCCCCACCCAGAAGAGUAAGUCCCUCGAGGCGACCUCCUCCUCACCCCAAUCCCAGUCUGUAAGGUCAGAGCUCACCAACGGCUGUUUUUCUUUCUUCGUUUUUUCUAUUUGCUCCUGAAAGCUCAUCAGAGGUUGUGCUUGCAAAGGGGUUGCUAACCUGCACCAAACAGUGCUCUUACAUCAUAAGUGUUCCUUGUUUUGGAGCUGGUUUCACACGAUUUCCUCUUAUCUAGCUCUCCCACACAGUUUUCUUUUUUGUUUUACAUUUUAAACAUGUUUUUUAAAAUCAAAUGUUUUUCUAUCAAAUUCGAGUUAAAAGCUUUUUUUUUGUUGUUUAUUGUCGUCGUCGUCGUCGUCCCCCCCCCCCCCCCCCCCCCCCCCCCGGUGGAAUGAUUUGAGAUAGGGUAAUGUGGUUUUUUUGGGGGUAAAUUGUUGCAUUUUCGGGUUAAAUGGUUGUUUGCUAAACGUGUGUGGUUUAGAGUAGUAUGCUUUGUUGAAGAAAUAGCCUAGACUCUAGGAAUGCACAAAUACUGGAUCAAAAAACGAUAUUAUAACCAAUCAGCAUAUUGUUAUGCAAAAAAACUGUUGAAACUUUCUACUUUCUAAGUCAAGACUGUACAACAAAUAACUCCAAACAUGUUACUCUUUGACUGUUUUGUUUUUUUGCUGAACUCAAAUCCAUUGUGGAUGGUCCAUCGUCACUAAUCAACACAUUUAAAGUGCCAAGGCAAGGUUAAAUACAUUCUGGGGUAGAACACUGGUAAAAAAAAACCCGAAUAUAACUCAAGUAAAAAUCGGUUAAAAACUUGAAUUUGGGCUUUUGCACACAUCACUGAAAUAUGUAACCGUUCAAUAUUUGCUGAUAUUUCCUUUUCAACUCCCAGCCCCUAAUGUUUCUUAUGUGUGCCUUUUUAUACUAUGGAUUUUUGUUGAGGCAUUUUUGCGAUAUUCAUAGUAUAUGAGCUUUUACUGUCUCUUACGAUGUAUCCUCUGCUUUUCACUCUUGCUCCACAUUGUCUGUGUUUGUUCCAACUGCUGUUCAAAUAAUUGUUCAGAAAAUGUAUCUGCUUCUUUUACUGUUAAUUUUUUAUUAUUAUUCAAUAAAUGAUUGUUUGUAUUCACGGACAUCGUAACUUGGAAAAGCGCUUUAUAGAAGGAGGUGUUUAGACUUUUUUUUUGUUUUGCUAUACGGUUGAAUAAAAAAAAUGCACUGAUGCUUA